AUGAAUGCGAAAGAGGACAUAAUUGACCUCUGGGGGGCACCAGUAAUGGAAACAGCAGUUUUGGGAAGGCUCAAAGCUCAAAUGUCACCAUCAGCACCUGCCUCCUCCGGUAUUCGUAUAAGCUGCAAGUACAUGAGCAUACCCGCCAUCGCGCACGAAGUUAAUGAUCUCCGAAAAGACAGCGAUGAAUCUGCAAUAUACGGCAUCUGGGAUGUCAUCCUGAACUGGACUUUUCCAGUCACAGCGGGAUAUAUCACCCGUCCACAAGUAAGCCAUUCGUUUCAUGACGGCAAGAGAGGAUAUUCAGAUUUUCAUACAUUCGAAUUGGGAGUGCAACCGUGGAAACUCUUCCUCAUCACACAGUGCAAGGCGUACAAACUGCAGAGUUAUGAGUCUGUUUGGGAUAAUGGAUACUUCCAGUUGCGAGAGUAUAUCCGCUCCCAGCACCCUGACAGGACUGCCACCUCCCCUAUUUACGAGAUCUUAGCUGUUGGGCAGCGCGUGAGCUUCUUCUUAUUCAACCCUGUAACCCAGCACCUGCAUGCAUGGCGGCCAAGUGCUCAGUGGGCAUUGGCACAUCAUACUGCUCAUGGAAAGCGUCGGAUUUCUAAAUGUGAAAUGCCAUUCUAA